AUAGCAGAUAACGAAGCCAAAAAAAUUGUUCGAUCAGCCCUGGAGGCAGGCUACCGACAUUUUGACUGCGCGUUUGUCUAUGCGAAUGAAGGUCCCAUCGGAAGUGCUUUAAAGGAAGAAAUGGAAAGUGGAACUGUUCACCGAAAAGAUCUUUUCAUCACAUCAAAACUUUGGAACACAUUUCAUCGUCCGGAACUGGUUCAUGAAGGCUGUCUAAGAAGUCUAAAGAAACUACAGUUGGAUUAUUUGGAUUUGUACCUGAUGCACUGGCCAGCGUCCUAUGAGCCAAGUGAUGAGCUUUUUCCUAAGGGAGAGGAUGGAUCUAUCUUGUACGACAAUGUACCACCAGAGGAGACGUGGAAGGCAAUGGAAGAACUGGUUUCAAUGGGACUGGUCAAGUCAAUCGGUUUGUCCAAUUUCAAUCAAUCUCAAAUUCGUCGAAUACUCGAGUGCGCACACGUACAGCCAGUCGUUCUCCAAGUCGAAAGCCAUUUGGGAUUUCUUAAUCAGGAAGUGAUUGAUUUCGCUAAAUCCGUGGGGAUGGUGGUAACCGCCUAUUCUCCACUUGGAUCUGCGGCUGAUCAAAGUACUGGAGAAAAUUUGUUGGAAUUACCCGUUGUGCAAGAAAUGUGUAAAAAGUAUAACAAAACAGCCGGUCAGAUACUCUUGCGUCACACAGUGCAGCGCGGAUUGUGUGCCAUACCGAAAAGUUCGAAUCCUGGAAGAAUUCUGGAAAAUAUUAGAAUAUUCGACUUUAUGCUUUCUCCCGAUGACAUGGACAAAUUGAAUGCUGCCAGUGGAAACAGUCGUCGAAUCCGUCCACCAUUACCAAACUUAAGGAGUUUUACCUGGAACAAUUGUUCUUCCGAAGCCGGCUGCCCAAAUUCAGUGAACAGAUGGAAUCCAUCAAACUGGGCGACGGUCACAGUAUUCCAACUGUGGGAUUUGGUACCUGGAGUGUUUAUCACAGAGGCUGCAGCAGAGGCUGCGGUCCGGGAAGCCGUUGAUGUGGGUUACAGGCACUUUGACUGUGCUUAUUUUUAUCAAAACGAAAAGGCAGUGGGUCGGGCACUGCAUUCCGCUCUUCAGAAUGGCAAAAUCCGAAGGGAGUCCAUAUUCGUGACGUCUAAGCUCUGGCACACCCAUCAUCGACCGGAACUCGUUACUGGCGCUUGCCGUCUCAGUUUGCGAGAUCUUCAGCUCGACUACCUUGAUUUGUAUCUUGUACAUGGACCCGUAUCACUUAUGGUAUGUUCACCUCGUGUAAUCUAUCAUGGGAAAUCUCAAAAGCCAGGAGAUGAACUUAUGCCCAUGGGUCCUGGUGGUUUGGCCCUGUAUGAUUAUGUUGAACUGGAAGUGACCUGGAAAGCCAUGGAAGAGCUUGUGUCACUGGGAUUGGUCAAGUCGAUUGGCAUCUCUAACUUUACCCAGCCGCAAAUCGAUAGGAUCUAUCGUUGUGCGCGCAUCAAACCAGUCGUGCUUCAAAUUGAAAGUCAUCUGGGGUUCCUUAAUCAAGAUUUGAUCAACCACGCGACGGCGAUGGGCUUGCAUGUGACAGCAUACGCGCCUUUGGGAGCUCCAGGAACACGCAGCGCCAUGGAUAAUCUUUUUGACUUACCUGUCGUGAAGGAAAUGAGUGCAAAGUAUGGAAAGACGCCAGCACAAAUUCUCCUUCGGCAUUGCAUUCAGCGUGGUCUAAGUGUGAUACCAAAGACUGUUACAGCGGCCCGAAUGCGAGAAAACUUGGAGGUUUUCGACUUUCAGUUACUGCCUGAAGAAAUGUCUAAGAUGAGCGCCGCCAGUCCCAACAUCCGACGUUUUGUUGGUGCA